UUACAAUUGUGUGUUUCUUGGGUACGACAAUCCACUUGCAACAUCACCGGCCGAUAUCAAAACAAAGACAAUUUGUGGAAGAAAGUUCAUGACGAUUACGUCAAAAAUUGGUGUGGCGAUCCCGAAAAUCCUCUAGCCGAGCCUCGUACGAAAGUUGCGCUCGAAUCACAUUUUCCGCACUUGAAGAAAUUGCUCAAGAAGUGGCAUACAUGUCUAUACAAAUCAAGAAACCGUGCGGCUAGCAGGACGAAUUUGGUAGAUGAGGAAACUCAAGCUCAAUCAUUAUAUUUCAAGGAUGUGGGCAAGAAAUUUGACAAGAAAGAAUGUUAUGAAGCGGUGAUAAAUCAUCCUCAUUUCUUGACGGUUGUGAGUACUCCUUCUCCGUUUGAUCGGAAUUUUCCAAUUUCUCCCGAGCUCCAUGACACGGAUGGGCAUGUUGACUUGGAUGAUGAUGAAGGAUUCACAAUUCCGACAUCCAACCAAGAGAGACCUCGUCCCUCAAGCCCGGUUAGGCCUAUGGGAGUAAAGGCGGCCAAAGAAGCAAAGAAGAAGGGAAAAAAAAAGGUAUGGCGGAGAAAGACGAGAAGUCUUUAGCUAUUUUUAAUAAUAUGCAAUGUAAUCAAAAAGCACUUAUAGAGGCUAACAUGCGAAGAGACAAGGAAACCCUUCGGUUGGCUAGGGAGAGCUUAGAACUUCAGAAACGAAAGGAAGCAAGGUUGGCCCGACGUGAUGCUAUGGCGGAGUUGCAAGAAGAAACCAAAAUUAUGACAAUGGAUACAAGCAUCAUGACUCCGAAAAGUUUAAAGUGGCACAAAAAGAGGAAAUCGGAUAUCAUGGCGAAAAUGAAUGAGAGUACUAGUACUAGUGAUGAUUAUUAUGUUCCCCUCUUUGAUGAAGACUAACAUUGUGUUGUUGUUAU